GGCCGACUUAAUCUGGCUCCCCGCGGGGGAAUUGUGCUGAGCGAGCGGAGCGGCAGGAUAAUGAGCGAACGGAGACGCACUCUGAUUAAGCAGCUCGUCAAGUCUGGAAAUGUGGUUUUGGUUGCUUUGCUGGUCUACAAUUUGUGGCGCCACAAAUGGACCAAAGUGAACUUCAAUCAGCAACGAUUUUGAUUGAUUUUAGCCCGUUCUGU